CGACGAGACAAGCUCCGCCGGCACUGGGACAGACAAUCCACACGCAGACUCCCAGACACGUACAGCGUGCGCGCGGUCUGCCUGUUCACCGCGACCUCUCACGCGGCGGAAGGGCUGCCGCGCCAUGUAGAGGCUCCGGCCCGGCGCAUCUCUUGUCAGCCUUACCCUGCACGCCGCAGCACGCCGCACGCUCAACACCACGAAGAUGGACGCAAUUGCGAAGCCGUCCGCGCUGGCGAGCCCCAAACUUAUCAAAAAUGCGAAAGGCGCGGUUGUCCCGAGCAGCCAGAUGGCGCACAUUGCCUACGGCUGCGAGCACAUGCGCACCAUGAUGGAGAAUGCGCGCAAGCAGACCUUCGGGCACUACCGCGGGAUCCUGCAGAAGAUCUACGAGGAGCCGAGCAUCAUCGCGCAGACGUACAACAAAAAGACAGACGGCCUGUCCGUGGUCUCGCUGCGCCCGCUGUACCUGUGCCUGCAGUGCCCGAAUAUCAUGACGGAGGCGGACCGUGACGAGCACAUUGAUUCCAAGCGGCAUAUAUUCUCGGUGGAGUCGCGGGGCGGGAACGUAUACUGCGGCGACUGCCAGGACUUUAUCUACGACCCCUUAUUAGAGGAGCGAAGGCUGCAGAAGGGCAAGAAGCGGAAAUACGAAGACACGACCACCACCGAGGAGCACAAGCUGGUGCUGAACAACUCCACCUUCCUACCAUGCCGCGCGAUAGGCCUCCGUGGUCUCUACAACAUGGGUCAGACCUGCUUCAUGAGCGUCAUCUUGCAGACGUUGAUACACAACCCCUUCAUACGGAAUUUCUAUCUCUCCGAGGGACACAAGACGGUGGACUGUGAGCGCGAGUCGUGCGUGAGCUGCGCGCUGGACGAGAUGUUCGUCGAAUUCCACUCGGUCGAGAAGACGGAGGGCUUCGGCGCAGUCAACAUGCUCAUGGGCAGCUGGCUCGCCGGCGAGGCACUCGCAGGAUACCAGCAGCAAGAUGCCCACGAGUACAUGCAGUUCAUGCUCAAUACCCUGCACCUGCAGAACGGCGGCUCCACCGACACCGAAGAUUGCGACUGCAUCGUGCACCAGACGUUCUACGGGCGACUCUCGAGCACCGUGACGUGCGACAACUGCCGCAACACGACCACUGCGCUGGACCCGUACAUGGACCUCAGCCUCGACAUUCGCAACCUACCGAAGAAGAAGAAGUCGGAGCGCUCCGACGACGACCAAAUCGCGCUGCAGAGCUGCCUCGACCGGUUCACCGGCCGCGAGAAGCUGGGCGCUGCCGAGUACACGUGCCAGACGUGCGACGGCGGGCAGAACGCAACGAAGCAGCUCAGCAUAAAGCAGCUGCCGCCCGUGCUGCCCAUCCACCUCAAGCGCUUCGAGCACUCCAAAUCCACCUCCACCAAGCUCGAAACCCGCAUCUCCUUCCCCCUGACCCUGGACCUAUACCCCUACACCACCGCUUACCGCUCCACAUCCCCCCCACCCGCAAAGAACGCCGCCCCGCGCAACACCUCGCACAACACGAAUGCCCCUGCCAACACCCUCAUCUACGAGCUCUCUAGCGUCGUCGUGCACAAAGGGAAGAUUGACUCGGGACAUUACAUCAGCUAUAGUAGGGAAGGGGACGACUGGUUUAUGUUUGAUGAUAGUAAGGUGGUGCUCGCGAGUGAGAAGGAGGUCCUGGGCGCGGAGGCUUAUUUGUUGUUUUACAUGGUGCAGUGUUUGGAGGUGUAGGUGGGCGGGAGCGAAGGAGCGGGGGUUGUACUAUAUCAGCGACACGGAAUGGAGGGUGGUAAAUGGGGCGCAUGGGCGGCGUUUUGGCAUUCGCCCAGCAUGUUUCUAAGCGGAGGGCACGGCGCACGGCGCAUCUGGCUACCUGGGGCGUUCUCAUUAUCAUGCAUGAC